AUGGCCAUCGGUGAACAUGGAUUCUCACGGGCAAAGAAUUAUGUCUACCCAGAGGCCAUGCUUAUUUGUCAUAACUCUUCCGACAAUUCAGCAUACCAUAUCGGUGCGCAUGAAUUCGACUGCGCUCAUUUUGGCCACUGCAGCUGCCCUCGAAUGCAAGCUGAGCCCGACAUAGCAGGAAGAGGUGUCAUUAUAGCUUUCGUCUUUACAGCCUUUUUAACUUUGUUCACGACGGUCUUCUGCCUAAUCGUAGGCCGUACGAACGAGAACCGACAAACCAUUAACCCAAUCGAUCGAUUUGCCCGUAAAUACAUCUCGGUCCCUAUUCGAAAUUUAAUUUUCCGUUUACACAUGAACCCGAACAUUCAGGCCCUCGUCGCCUACGAUCUCGUCAAUACUCUAAGCGACUUACAAUUAGUAACAGGAUUGGCCAUCCUCACCGGCGGUAUGAAGCAGCUCUUUGACGGUACAAUCUCGACAUACCACUUCAUGAUUGUCACCGACCUUGCCUGGUUCUGCUCCAACACGCACCUAUUCUCGCUCCUAGUAAUUACGAGUAUGCACAAUAGUGUAAAGCGCACACAUCCGGAAAGGCAUGACCACGAGCACACAUCCCUCGCCAAGAGAUUGGCAAGGGCGCUGAGAAUAUGCUUCAUGAUAGCGACAAUUAUUUUAUUGAUGUACGCUCUGUAUGUCACGGGAUACGAAAAUAUCUACGAGCCCGGGCAAUAUCGUUGCCCCAUGAAGUGCUCGUUGGGGUUGCCGAAAGGAGGCCAUGCGGCGGCGCUGAUGACUCUCAACAUGGUGAUGAUGGGAUAUUUCUACUCUAUACAGGUUUUCAUGAGCUGGCAUACCGGAAGAAUAUUUUGGAUGGACUACAUCCGGGGCUUCCUGAUCGAUAAAAAAAGUCAGCCAUUCAAUGUGCUGACACCCGAGACGAUAUUCAGGAAAUGGUCGGAGAAUAAGCCGCUGACAUGGCUCAGGAAGCUCUUCGUGGGGGUCUGGUACAUCUUUGCGUCGGAGGUUUGGACUGUCAUGGGGCUGUCCGCAUACUUUUGCUUUGGACUCUUCUCUAUCAUCGACGAUCGAAUAAGGGGACAUGCGGAAAUGGAGGAAGAUGAGAGAGCCGAGGAGAACAACCUGGUAUUCAGCCAGCUCGUGCCCAUUUUCCUUCUCAUCAUCCCGUUCAUGGGGCUGUUUGAGUCAUAUGCGCGGCACUGCAAGGCGGAUAGGGAACUCAAGUCGAUAGAGCCUCUUGGGGCUUGCGACACCUUGACGGGUAAGGCUUCUACGAGGACAGAAAUCGGGAUGAAGGAAUGA